AUGUCGGCUACGUUACAUGGAAACAAUCCCAACUUGACCCUGUCAUCCGAGAACUCAUGCAGAUGCAGAGAGCAAAAUGAGGGAAAGCGAGAACAGAAACCUCAUUUGGAUGCGUCUGAGCACACGUCCACAUGGGCAUCAAGCACCAGCAUGUCUGUCUCCCGCCGCACGGCAUCCCUCCUUGGUUUUUCCACACCGUCGACAAGCACACUUUCAUCUACAUUUGCGUCUAAUUCAUCGAGGAAGCUACGUCUCAUGAAACUCAUCUCGAAGAAAGUACCCCCGUCGCCUGGGCGAGAAUUUGAGGCGAAGACAGAAAAGGAGGCGGCGAGCACUCCGGGGGACAUCGCAAUCCAGGAGAUUACCUGUGCAUCUUCGUCUGGGUCGAGGUCCACAUCCACCGUAGUAUCUCGUCUGCUUCUUAUGCACCUCUGCGAGGAAAUCGAGAUACGGAUCGCAAGGGAAGCACUUUCACCGAUUCUACAGAUGACUUCGCCUCCAAAUGAGUCUUUCUCGAUGCACGUGGAUGACGUCCUACCACCUCCCAAGUGCGCUGUGGGGAGGACCCCCAGUAUUGUUAUGGGCGCUAGUCUUGCAGUUUCUUCCUCAAACUCUGGGUUUAUGUCUCCUUCCAAAGCUCUCACAACUGCAUCCACCUCCGUAUCUACAGCAGUUCCAGAGAAGAUGCCCCAGUCGAGACAUGUUGUAGCACCCUCAGCAACUCAACGAGGUCCCCCACCGCUGGGCAUGCGCCGGCAACACAAUCUCCCAAAUUCCGGAUUCCCUUUGUCGCAAUCGCGCUAUGCCACCACGCAGUCGCCCUAUGCGGCUUCACAAGCGAAGGGACAAAAGCCAGUGAUGCUUCCGCCCUUCAAGCCUCCACUGCUCAAGAAACCCAACCCAAAAGCCGUUCCCGCACCAAAGCAGGUCUUCCAGACUCCUGAAAGCCCGCCGACUUCGACGCCUGAGCUGGUCAAGGACGAUAGCAACGAUGAUGGUGAUGAGGAGGAGGAGGAUAAACUCGGUGCGGCUGGUGCGGAUUCGUCGUUUGAUGUGUCUUUUGAUGUGGAUGUGGAUGCCCUGGAGGCGACCAUGCGGCAGUAUGAUUGA